CGGGAGGCGCGCGCGUGAGCCCGAGCAUCCCGGAUAGCAGCCGUCGUAGCUCGAGCGGAAUUAGAAGGGAAAGGCGGAGGGAAGGGGAAGCGGUGGCCGCGGUUUCUUGGAAAGAAAGUGGAUCCCGGGUAGAUUGUACACAAUAUGCGACAACGUUUGGUGCGCUCCGAGGAGGAGGAGGAGGAGGAGGAGGAGAAAGGCUUGAGCGGCAUUGGAUCCAGAGCCGGCCGUUUGGAGGAAGCCUCAGCUUUGCAGUUGUUAUGGCGGUCCCAGAAUCCCGGUCCAACCACACCAUCUACAUCAAUAAUCUCAAUGAGAAAAUCAAGAAAGAUGUUUGGGCAGAUCCUUGACAUUCUGGUGUCCCGCAACCUGAAAAUGAGAGGCCAGGCCUUCGUCAUUUUCAAAGAAAUUUGCAGCUCCACCAAUGCCUUACGUUCCAUGCAGGGGUUCCCUUUUUAUGACAAGCCCAUGAGGAUCCAGUAUGCCAAGGCAGAUUCUGACAUCAUAGCCAAGAUGAAGGGCACUUUUGUGGAGCGGGACCGCAAAAGAGAGAAGAGAAAGCCCAAAGGCCAGGAGGCACAAGCAGUUAAGAAGCAGAUGCCAGGAGCAGCUGCCCCAGUUGCCCCCUCUGUCCAGGGCACCGUGCCGGGCAUGCCCCCCAUGAACCAGGGCCCCUGUGUGAUGCACCACAUGCCAGGGCAGCCCCCUUACAUGCCACCUCCAGGCAUGAUGCCACCACCUGGCAUGGCACCGGGUUCCAUCCCCCCAGGAGCGAUGCCACCACAACAGAUGCUGCCAGGACAGAUGGCUACAGCGCAGCAGCUGUCAGAGAAUCCUCCUAACCACAUCCUGUUCCUCACCAACCUUCCCGAGGAGACAAAUGAGUUGAUGCUGUCCAUGCUUUUUAAUCAGUUCCCUGGCUUCAAGGAGGUGCGGUUGGUGCCCGGGCGCCAUGAUAUUGCCUUUGUUGAAUUCGACAAUGAGGUGCAGGCCGGUGCCGCCCGUGAUGCCCUCCAAGGAUUCAAGAUCACCCAGAACAAUGCUAUGAAGAUCUCCUUUGCCAAGAAGUGAGGCCCUGUCCUGAGGUGGGGGCACUUCCUGAACUGUUGGCCUUUUUUUCUAGUUUUUGCUUGUAAAAUUGUUUAUGUUGUUUCUCUAAUGUUGUCUCCUGUGCAGGUAAGUGUGUGUGUGUAUGUGUAUGGAUGAGUGAAAGAGAAACAAAUUGCAGUUGUACGAAAGGCAGGCAGAGUUGGGUGCCCGUUGGAUGUGUGGCGUCUGAAAGGGAGCAGCCGAUUCCUGGCAAAAGCUUUGUACCCAGAGUCUGACGGCCAGACAUCGCACCUGGAGCUUUUCCUUUGGGCAAUAAAUGUGUUUCUUUGUUCUUUC